CUGAUAACUCCAUCUGUGUAUAUAACGAAGCUAGCACUCCAUUUUUUUUCAGUCAUUAACCCAUGAUAUCUACCUUCUCUACCUUCUCCUGUCUUCAUCUCUCUUAAUUUCUUCAAUUUUCUUUACCUUUCUCUCUUCAUUCAUGGAGUUGAAUGCUUCUUCCCUGUGGGUGGAGUCCAUUUCCAGUGUUUUUUGUUUGCUCUUCUUUGGUUUUACCUUAUUGUUUUCUUUGUUCUCUUUGCUUGUGUUUUUGUUGAGGCUAAAGCCAUGGUGUAAUUGUGAGGUAUGCAAAAGCUAUCUCACUGCUAGUUGGACCAAAGAUUUUGCUAAUCUUUGCGAUUGGUGUACUCAUCUUCUUCGGAAAUCGCCCACCGGUACGAUUCACAUCCAUGUUCUUCGCAAUAUCAUCACUUCCAACCCAGAAAACGUUAAGUAUAUUCUCAAUACCAAUUUUGACAACUACCCAAAAGGGAAACCUUUCUCUGCUCUCUUGGGUGAUCUUUUGGGUAGAGGUAUUUUUAAUGUUGAUGGUGAUUCUUGGAGGUUUCAAAGGAAAAUGGCGAGUUUAGAGCUCGGUAGUGUUUCCAUAAGGACUUAUGCUUUUGAGCUCAUUAUGAGCGAGAUCCGAGGUAGGUUGAUUCCUCUCUUGUCAUCAAUGACUGGUAAAAAAGAGGCUUUGGAUUUGCAAGAUGUGUUUAGAAGAUUUUCUUUCGAUAGCAUUUGCAAAUUUUCCUUCGGGUUAGACCCUGGAUGCCUUCAUUUAUCUUUGCCUAUUUCUGAAUUCGCUCUUGCUUUUGAUACUGCAUCAAAGUUAUCUGCAGAGAGAGCACUAGCAGCAUCACCAAUUGUUUGGAAGAUCAAAAGGUUACUAAAUUUAGGCUCCGAAAAGAAACUCAAAGAGGCUAUAAAGAUGGUGAAUGAACUCGCGGAAGGGUUGAUCAAUCAUCGGAGAAAAGUAGGCUUUGCCGAUAACAAAGAUCUUUUAUCAAGAUUCAUGGGAUCCAUCAAUGAUGAUAAGUAUCUUCGUGAUAUUGUCGUCAGCUUUCUCUUGGCAGGUCGUGACACGGUUGCCUCAGGGCUAACCAGUUUCUUCUGGCUGCUGUCACAGCACCCAGAAGUUGAAUCAGCCAUUCGAGAUGAGUCUGAACGAGUCAUAAGGCCGAGUCAGGAGCUUACUAGCUAUGAACAAUUGCGGGGCACGCAUUAUCUAAAUGCUGCAAUAUACGAGAGUUUAAGAUUAUAUCCAUCUGUUCAAUUUGAUUCUAAGUUUGCCAAGGAAGAUGAUAUAUUGCCUGAUGGUACAUUUGUAACCAAAGGCGCAAGAGUAACAUAUCACCAAUAUGCAAUGGGUCGAAUGGAGCGCGUUUGGGGUCCAGAUUGUCUCGAAUUCAAGCCAGAAAGGUGGAUAAAGAAUGGGGUUUUUGUACCAGAAAACCCAUACAAGUACCCAGUUUUUCAAGCCGGAUUUAGGGUUUGUUUGGGCAAGGAAAUGGCAUUAAUGGAGAUGAAAAGUGUAGCUCUUCAAGUGAUUAGGUCCUUUAACGUUCGGGUUGUGGAUCCGGUUCAGGCACCAAGAUUUUCCCCAGGUCUUACUGCCACCGUGAGAGGUGGCUUACCAGUUUUGAUCCAAGAAAGAGAGUCCUCUACGAACCACCAUCACCAUAUAUAGUUAGGCCAUGCAUGUAGCCAAUCCAGCCAUGUAAAUAUGUGUGAUGAUAUCUAAUGGGCCAAAAUGGGGCAUACGCCCUUGGAAUUGGCAUCUUCCCGUGCAUAUCACUAUGAAGCACUGCUUCUUUCUUUAUCAAUUAGUAGUAAUUUCUCCAA